UCCGUGCACGAUGAAAGCAGCAGCAGAAGAGCCUGUGUAUGAGACCAUGAUCAUGUCAGAUGCUCCUCGCCAGUCUGGCGAGAUGGUGCUCAGUUCCUACAUUUUUGUGCGUGAAGGAUACUCUCACCGAGCAGUUGGGAGGAGAUGGCGGCUGGGUUCUUCGUCCACGAUGAAAGCAGCAGCAGAAGAGCCUGUGUAUGAGAACAUGAUCAUGUCAGACGCUCCUCGCCAGUCUGGCGACAAGGGAAACCUUCCUGAGUCCUCUCCAAAGAGAUCCCGUGUCCUCUACACUCUCCUCCUGCUGCUGAGCCUCCUCCUCGUGGCUUCUCUUGGUGGAGUCACGGCCAUGUAUUUCCAGGAGCGGCAGGAGAAGCGCCGAGUGGCCAAAGCAGUUCAGGAACUCCGAGACUUCUGGAAGGAAAACAGCACUGUGAACAUGUCUGUCCCGGAGCAGACGGAUUUCCAGGAGCAGCAGGAGAAGCACCGAGUGGCCGAAGCGGUUCAGAGAAUCCGAGACUUCUGGAAGGAAAACAGCACUGUGAACGUGUCUGUCCUGGAGCAGACGGGCCAGCAGCUGGUGGGUGAAAUUCAGCCAUUACGGGGCCUGUGGGAGGAGAUCAUCUCGCCCUGCGCUGUGCUCCAGGAGCAAUACCAUUUCCAGGAGCGGCGGGAGAAGCGCCGAGUGGCCGAAGCGGUUCAGGGAAUCCGGGACUUCUGGAAGCAAAAGAGCACUGUGAAGGUUUCUGUCCUGGAGCAGACGGGCCAGCAGCUGGUGGGUGAAAUUCAGCCAUUACGGGGCCUGUGGGAGGAGAUCGUCUCGCCCUGCGCUGUGCUCCAGGAGCAAUACCGCUACCUCCUGACCAGGGUUACCCAAGGCUGGAGACAUCACGGAGGGAACCUCUACUACUUCUCAAAGGAGAAAAGUUCCUGGGAGGAGGCUGAGCAGUUUUGCGUGUCCCAGAACUCGCACCUGAGCUCCGUCCUCUCCCGGGAAGAGCAGGAGUAUCUUGCCACGGAACUCAGAGGCGCAUAUCACUGGAUCGGGCUGAGCGACCGUGAGGCAGAAGGCUCCUGGCGCUGGGUGGACGGCUCCAAGUACACGGAGGGGUUUUGGUCAGAAAGCCAGCCGGACAACUGGGAUCAGGGAGUUGGAGGGACAGAAGACUGUGUUCACCUGAGCAAACCACGUUAUGAAACAUGGAAUGAUGCCAACUGCGCCCUGCAGCACCACUGGAUCUGUAAGGCGGCCCUGGGGUAGGCCACUGUUCUCCCAGGGAAGCCACACGCAGCAGCCUGGGACCGUAGAAUAAGCAUCUGUAAAGCAAGCUUGCUCAAUAGGUUAAGACAAGUUCAGAUAAGUGCUUUUGGGCAUCACUAGUAGCACUUAAGAGUAACAGCCGCUGUUCUGCUUUGCGGUAAGAACUGAAUUGCACGUAGUCAGCUAGCAGCCCAGGAUCCCCAAACCGCGGGCACGCAGCUCCGCAGAGCCAGGCCCCCCUGCACCAACACCGACGGUGUGACAACACAACAGAAUUGCCCUCGAGCCCCUGCUUGCACGCGUCCCCAGACGUGGGGGGAAGAGACAAGAAGUCACCCCUGCCGGAACCGGGGGCCUCACCCGGGCCCCAAGGAAGCUGGUUUAAGACAUGGCAGCGAAGGCAGUCAGCGCAUCUUGAAUACAACGCGCCGCACAGAAACGUUGGGUGUCGACUGAGCGGGGGAUUUCGGAGAGCCCAGCACGUUGGAGAUGCCGUGCCGCCAGUCUGCGUGCCACCAUCCUGCGUGUCCCGAGCUCGGAGAGGGGAAUCUCUAUUACAGCGCUGUGGCAGCGAGACGGGCACGGCGACCAGCCUUUC